AUGGAUAUCAUUAUUAAUGAUAAUAUAAAUGGUUGUGAUGAAAUAUGCCAUGAUGAAUAUCAUAAUGAAAAUUUAUUACAUCUAUAUAGGAAACCUAAAAUUAGUAAAAGUGUAAUUUUGAAAACAACAGAAAAUAAAUAUGAAGAAAAAGAAUGUAAAUAUAAUUCUUAUGAUAUAUUUCCAUAUGGUGGGUUAAUCUAUCAUGAUUUAAUUAUAAAAGAUGUUUUAAAGUUUUAUUUCAAAAAUGAAAAUAAAGAUGAUUUAGAAAAUAAAAAUUAUAUAUAUCUUGGUGCAGGAAUUAUGAAAGAAGAACAAAACAAAAAGAAUAAAGAUAAAAAUAAAAUGGUGUUUAUAUUUUUUAUUAAUGAAAUGUUAUUAGAAAAAUUACAAAAAGAAAAUAAGUCAAAAACAAAUAAAAAUUUAAAAAAGAAAAAGAAAAAGAAAAAAGGAGAUACAUAUAUUUUAAGUAAUGAAAGUAAAUUAUCAAACAAUAAUUUUGAUAAUUAUAAAUCUGAUAACAAUAACAAUAACAAUAACAAUAACAAUAAUUGUAAAAAUAAUUGUAAAAAUAAUGAAGAAAAUGAUAUAUUAAAUGAAAAAACAAAAAAUAAAAAUGUUUUUAUAAGAACAAAAACAUCUUUAUUUUAUGAAGAAAUAAGAAAUAAAGAAGGUGGCACAUGUACUGAUGUAAAUAGAAAUAUGAAACAAAUAAACUUUGAAACGUUUUAUAAAGAUUGGCAAAAUAAUGAUGAAAAUAAUACAAAUAAAAUUAAUGAUAUUAUAAAUUUAGAAAUACAUAAUGAAAAAUCAACUACCAUUGAUUCUAUUUAUGAAAAAAAAAAAUAUGAUAUAAAUGAAAAUGAAGAUGAUUAUGAAGAUGAAAAUGAAGAUGAUGAUUAUGAAGAUGAAGAUGAUGAUUAUGAAGAUGAAGAUGAAGAUGAUGAUUAUGAAGAUGAAGAUGAAGAUGAAGAUGAUGAUUAUGAAGAUGAUGAUGAAGAUGAAGAUGAUGAUGAAGAUGAUGAUAAUGAUGAUUAUGAUUAUGAAGAUAAAAAAAAAAAAAAGAAAAAUGUUUAUAUUGAUAAAAAUAACAUAUUUUUGUUAAAUAUAUUACAUCAUCAAAAUAAUGUUUAUUCAGUUAAAUGGAAAGAAAGCUCCUAUGAAGGAUUUUCUAUUUUAGUUUCUUUAUGUUUUGAUGGAUAUAUGUAUAUAUGGAAAGAGAAUAUGAAUUGUCAAAAUAAAAUUACUUUUAUAUCUAUAUGUAGAAUAUAUAUUCUAUUUUUUGAAAACAUAAUUAAUAAUAUAAAAUGGCUUUGGGUAAAUAAAAAUGAAAAAAAUGAAAAUUAUAACUUUUUUUUAAACAAUAAAAAUAUAAAUAUAUCAAAAAACGAAUAUUUAAUUGUAUAUGGUUCAAAAAAUGAAUUAAAAGAAAAUAAAGAAUCAGAUACUUUUUUAUACAAAAAAAAUAAAAUUAAAAAUUGUAUAUAUUUUGACGAAUUUAAUGACAAUAAUGACUCAAAAGAAUAUAUGAUAUUUUCUGUGUAUGCUAUUUUUAAUAUAUAUGAUAAUAAUAUACAUAUAAAAAAUAUUUUAAAUUAUGAAAAUGUUCCAAUUAAUGUAAAUUUUGAUUAUAUUAUUGAUUCGAAAUUUGAAUAUGAUUCAAUGAAUACUUCACUCAUUUCUAUCUAUACUGAUGAUACAUAUUUACCAGAUAGCGAAUAUAAUAUAAAAUAUGGAAAAUGGAAAAUAAAAAAAAUAGUAGAACAUUCAAACUCUUUAUUUACAAAUAAUAAUUAUUCUUAUAAUAAUUUUUUUAAUUUAAAUGAAACUUGUUUUUCAAAUUUUUCUUUUGAUACUAAUCCUAGUGAUUCCAAUCUUUCUCAUAAAAACAAACAAAAAACAAAAGAAAAAAAAGAAAAUGACUUUUUAUUAUUUCAAAAAUUAUUAAGUGCUAUUAAUAAUUUAAUGCCACCAUUUUCAAUAAAAAUUUCUACUUAUAAUUUUGAUUUUUAUAAAAUUUUAAUAAAACCAAGUGAUAUAUGGAUUAAAAAGGGAAAAAGUAUAAGUGUUAGAUAUUUACUUGAUUAUAAAAAUUAUGAUCUCCCUCAAAAAUACAAAAAAAAAUAUUCUUUUAAAAAAAAAAAUUAUGAAGAACACUAUUGUAUUGAUUUUAAUAUGUAUCAAAAUGUUCUUAUUUUAGUUAAUAAAUUAAAUAAUAAAAUGUAUUUAUAUAAUUUCCAUGGUUCAUUAAAAAAAAAAAAAAACUAUAAAAAAAAAAAUAACGAUUAUCCUAUCAGUAAUGAAAUCUUUAAUAAUAGCAAUAAAACCAAUAACAUAAAUAAUAAUUUUGAUAGUAAUAUAAAUAAUUAUGAAAAGACAUAUUCACUUAAAGAAGAUAUAUAUCAUAAAGAUCAAAAAUCAUUUGAAAAACAACAUUAUCAACCUGAAGUACAUUCGAAUAAAGAUAAUAAAAUAAAUGAAAAUAAUAAAAAGAAUUUCUAUGAAUUUGAUACUUUAACUACUGAAAAAAUUAAUGAUUUUAAAGAUAAUUUUAAUAAAAAAGAGUUUCAUUUUAGUAAAUUAGGAAAAGAGUAUGAUGAUAAUAGUUAUUUCAAAUAUGAAAGCGAUAACUUACACAAUUCACUUUGUAAUAAUAACGAUUACUCAAAAAAAAAUAUAUGUAACAAAAUAAAAAAAAAAAAAAAUGAAUUUACUCUUAUAUGUUGUAUAAAUAGUAUGUAUAUUGAUAAUCAUUAUAUUUUGAAACACAAAGAAAUUAAUUUUUUAAGUAAAAAAUCACAUUUUAUAUAUAGUUAUGUGUAUAAAAUUUGUAAUUAUUAUGAAAAAAUAAAAAAAAAUAAAAAUAUUUUUAUUUCAACAAAUGAAUUAAUAGAAAAAAAAAGUGUUAUUCCUUUAGUUUAUAAAAGUCAUAUGAUAGAAUCAUUUGAUUCUUUUUUUCUGUUAAUGUGCAUUGAUAAAAAUAGAGAAAAUAUUUUUGUUUUGAAAUCAGAAAAAAUGAACAUUGUUCAUAAUAUGAAGAUGCUUUGUAUAUUUGAUGAAGAUUGCAAUAUAUCUGAUACAAAAGAAAAAAAAAAAUUAGAAUCAAAAACUAAUAAUCAUAAAAUAACAUUAGAUAAUAAUAAAUAUAUAGAUAAAGUUAAAUCUGAUUUAACUCUAAUUGAAGGGAAACAUUUCAAAAUAAUUGAUUAUAUGAUUAAAGAUUUUCAUUUAUGUUAUAAAAAUAAUGAACAAAACUUUUUACUAAUUAUUAAAUAUAUAUAUUUAGAUCAAAAAAAAAGAAAAAAAAAUAUUUAUUUACUUUUAUUGUCAACAUUAGAAAUUUGUAAUGGAACAUUUAUAUACAUAAAUUUAAAAUUAAAAAACAUAUUUACUUUUUUUAAUCCAUUAAAAUCAAAAUUUAUAUUUUCCUAUUUUUAUUUAUCUUUUCAAAACACAUUUCUCUUUGCAACAAAUCAUUUCUUGAAAGCAGAUGACUACAAAAAUAUUUCUAAUUAUGAGUUAAAUAAUGAAAAAAGUUUUUAUAAUUAUUCAAAUAAUGCAAAUGAAAACUAUUUAGAUAAUCAAAAGAAUUUACAUUAUAAUAGCAAUAAUAAUUGUGUAAAUAAUAUAUUUGAUGAGAAAAAUGAUGACAUAUUUUCUUUUAAAAAAAAGGAAUUAAAUAUUACAGAAAAUAAUAAUAAUAAUGCAGGUAGAAAAUAUGUUUUAGUUUUAAAUGAUAAUGAUUAUAAUGAUGAAGAUGAGAAUUAUUUGAAAAAUAACAUAGAGAUAGAUAAAAAACAAAAUAAUCAUAUAGAUAUCCUUCUUAAUAAUAAUAACGAUGUAAAAAGUAUGGAUUUCAAUGAAAACAAACAGAAAAUAGAUUCCGUUAAUUUAUAUUUUUUUUGUGCUAAUAAAGGACAACUUGUUCAUUUUUUUCAAAUUAAAAAUAUUCAUAAACUUUUUAAUGUAAUUUUAUAUGAUAGCUAUAUCCUACUAAUUACUAACAAAAAUCUACACAUUGUAAAUUUAAAUACAAUAUAUAAUAAUUUAUUAUAUAAAGAAAUAACUUAUUCCCAUUCAUUUGAUUUUCAAAAAAAAAAAAUUUAUAUGAUAUCUUUACUUUUUCCACAUAUAUUGAGAAAUCAGAAAAAUAAACUACUUAUGAAAUGCACAAAAAAAAAAAAUAUAUACUUUAUAGUAUUAAGUUUUCUAUUAAAUGAUGAGAAAAUUUUUAAUAGUAACUUUAAUAAUAAUCAAAAAAAAAAAAAUAAAAUAAAUGAAAACUAUUAUGCAUCACUCAUUCUUAUUAACACUAAUCAUGAUGAAGAAUGGAAUAUAUUAAAAUAUGAAAAUAGAACAUUUUUUUUUUCAAAACAAAUUUUUUUUUUUGAAAACGUUUUAUUAUUAUUAAAAAAAUUGGACAAAAAUCAAAUAAAACACAAUUUAAAAGAAGAAAAAAUUACUAAACAAAAAAAUAUUGUUAAAAGUUAUUACAAUAAUAACAAAAUAUCAUUUCAUAAAAUAAAUUUAUACAAGAAAUUUAAAAAAUAUAAAAUGAAACAUGAACAAAUAAGACAAAAAAAUAUGGUUUUUUAUCAUCCAAUUAUUUUACUGAAUUAUAUAAAAAUAGGUUUAUUUUCACAUGUAAAUUUAGCUUUAAAAUUAUUACUAAAUAUUUUAUUAACUAAAUUUUUUAAAGAAAAAAAUAAAUACGUUAUAAAAAAAUAUUGUUCAUUAAAUAUUAUUUUAGAAAAAAAUAUAUCAGAAAACCACAGUUUUUAUAAUUAUAAUGAAAUAUCAUAUAUAUAUGAAAGUCAAUUUUUAUUUGAUUUAAAUUUUAUUAAUACUGAGAUUUAUAAUUUAUACAAAAAUGAAAAAACUCCUAUCAAUGAAAAGAGAAAUUCACAAGAAAAAUCUUAUAUAAAAAAAGAUGAAAAUAAAGAAAAUAAAGAAAAUAAAGAAAACAAAGAUAAAUCGAUAUAUUUAUUUGAAAAUGAAAGUGUAUCAUUAGAUGAUUUUAACUUAAAUUCUGAAAGCGAAAAAUCUGAAGAAAAAAAAGAAAAAGAGGAACAUAAAGAAGACAAAGUUUCAUUAUCAAAUGAAAACACAAACGAUGAAUCGAAUGAAGAAGAUUAUUCUAAUGAUGAAAAUGAAAAUGAUCAUAAGAAGGAAAUAGAAGAAUUUAGAGAAUUCCUAAAAUAUUCUAAAGUUGUAAAUUUUGAGUUAAAUUUAGAUGAAAUAAAAAUGCUUCAAAUAUUAACAUUACAUCUUAAUAUUCCACAUUUAAGUAAUUUUUUUCAGUUAAUUUUAUUUUGUAUAUUAAACUCUUUUUAUAAUAAUUUUGAAAACGAUAAAAAUAUAGAAAGUGAUAAUGCUUCACAGAAGGAAGACUACGUUGCUUGUCAUUGCGAAUAUUUUAAUUUGAAUUUAGGAAAAGAUAUUACAAGAAAUGAAAACACUUACAUAUAUGAAUAUUUAAAUAAUAACAAUGAAGAUAUUUUAAAUAAAAAUAAUUUAACAUGUAUACUAAUUUUUUUCUUUCGUUUUUAUAUAAACUGUUUUUUUUUACUAAAUAUUAAAUUAGAUAUACAUUUUCAGUAUACAUAUUUUUUUUAUUUUAUGAAUGAUAAUAUAACUUCCUAUAUAUAUUAUUAUUUAGAAAAAAUUAUUAGUCAUUAUAAUUAUUGCUUUCAUUUUGAAAUUAAUGAGAGAGAUUUAUUUAGUAUAGAUAUAUUUGACAGUAGUUUAAAUAAUGAAGAUAACGAUAGAAAUAAAACUUUUACGGAAGAAAAUAAUAAUUACAAUUCCUUUACUCGUUUAAUUAAAAGAAAAAAAUUAUCUUUUGAAGAAAAAAAUAAUAAAAAGGAAAAAUUCAUAGAAUUAAAUAAUAUUCAAAUUAAUAAAAUAUAUAAUUCUGAAUUUUUACAAGAAAGAAUAUUGGAUUAUAAUUUUUUUAAUUUUUUUAAAAAUUGUAAACUUUUUUAUUUUGUUAUUAAUGAAAAAGAUAUACUAUUUAUAUAUGAUAUAUUAAUUAAUAGAACUAUUAAAAAGAUAAAUAGUUUAGAUAUGGAAGACAAAGAAAAGCAAAAUGAAAUAAAUGAAUGUUUAGAUUUUUUAGCUUUAUUAUAUAUGGCUAAAAAUGAAAAGCAGAAAUUAAUGUUAUUUUAUAAAAUAAAAAAACAACAUAAAAUUUUUGAUUUUUUAUCAAAUAAUUUUAAAACAGAAAGAUGGAAAAGAGCUUUAAUUAAUAAUUCAUAUAAAUUAAUGCAAAUAAAAAGAUAUUACUUAGCUGUUGCUUUUUUUAUUUUAUCAGGAGAUAUUAAGGAUGCAAUUGAUGUUAUACAUCAAUACUUGGAUGAUACUCAGUUAAGUAUUUUUAUUAUUAGACUUAUUUAUUUCUCCUAUUCAUUAAAUGAUAAAGAAAAUGACAAAAUUAAUAAUUUCGGUCAAACAGAUAACAAAGUUAAUACUAUAUAUAAUUCUUCCUUUUCCGAUAGACAUAAUUUCCCCAUUUCAGAUAAAAAUAACAAUAAUAAUAAUAAUAAUGAAAAAAAUGAUAAUAUGCCACUAAAUAUAACUUUUGAAAAUACUAAAUAUAAUGAGGAAAUAAUUAAUGAAAGUAUAAAAGAAAAAGAUUUUUGUAAUGAAGUAAAUUUUAAUUUUCUCUUCAAAUAUUUAGAUUAUAUUUUUAAUGACAAAAUAAAUUCGAAUGAUAAUAUCUUUUUAAGUAUUAUUAAAAAUAUUAUAUUUAAAAAUUAUGAAGAAGUAUAUUGUAAAUGUGAAAAUGAAGAAUUAAAUAGUUUUUUCUUUUUAUCAUUGAAAAAUAUUAUUAAAUAUAAAAUGAUAAACGAAUUAAAUAAAAAUAAUAAAGUAAUAAAAAACACCACUUCAGAAAAUAUGAACAAUUUCAAUAACUAUAAUAUGAUAAGCAAACUUGAAUCUUAUUUUUAUUCUAUGUUUUAUUUCAAUAAAAAAAUAUAUAAUUUAUCCUUUAUUUUUUAUUUUAUUUUUUUUCAAAAUUUCAAAUUUAAUAAAUUAAUGGAAAUAUAUGAGAAAUAUAAAUAUUUUUUUGUAUUAUCUUUUGAAAUGCAUUUAGAGAAAUUUCUUUUUUAUAAUAAAUAUUUAUUCAAUAUAAUUUUCUCACAAUCUUUUGUAAAUAAAAAAAAUAUGAAAGUGAAUAAUAGCCCAUAUAUAUUACUUAAGAAUUCUAAUAAGGAAGAAAAUGAUUCUAUAAAUUUUCUAUACUCAUUUAAUUUACUUUCAAGUUUGAUAAAUAUUAUAUUUUUUCUUAUUAAUGAUAAUGAUGACUUAAAUAUUAAUUAUCUCCAAGAAAAAUUGUUUAUAAAUAAAAAUGAAGAAAAAAUAAAAUUAGAAAACAAUAUUUUUAAUAGUAAUAAGAAGGAAAACGAUUGCAACAAUUAUAAUAGCAAAAUAGUUACAGUUUAUCAGAAUGAUGAAAAAUCAUGUUAUGAUAAUAAUGUAAAUAUAAAUUUAGAUAAAUAUAAUACAUUAUCUUUAAUAAAUAAGUUAAAAGAUUUAAAAAUAAUUGAAGGAUUUGGAAAACAACUAAAUCUAAGUAGCUUUUUAAUUACUUUAUUAAGUAAAAUAAAUUCUUUAAAUAAUCAGAAACAUAAAUUAAUUAGUAAAAGUAAUAUCACUUUUGAAAUUAUAUUUGAUAUAAUAAAUGAAAAUAAAUUUGACAUGUUUACUUCUUUUAAUUUAUAUUAUAUAUCAAUAAAUAAGUACAACAAAAUAUUAACACAUUUGUUUUUUAAUUUCUUUUCUUUAUAUAUUUUUGAAGAAAAAAAAAAUGAUGUAUUAUUAUUCUUAAUUAAUUAUAUUAUAUCUAUUCUUUUUAUAUAUAUAAAUGAUGUAGUACAUAUAUUAUUUAAUUUUUUAAGAGGUAAAAAAAAUAAGUCAUUAACAUUAUUACAUAUUCCUUUUGUUCAAAUUAUUUUUCUUCGUAUAAAUUUAAGUAAUUAUUUUAUUUAUGAAAAAAAUACGAAAACGAAUGAACAUAAGAAAAAAAAGAAUGAAAAGGAACGAAAAGAAAAUGAAGAACAUAAGGUAAAUCAUAAAAAUGAUAAUGGAUACGAAUCUUGUAUACACAAAAAAAUUAAACAUCAUAAUUUAAUGGAAGAAUAUUCUGAUAUUUAUAAAAUGCAUAUCAAAAUAAAUUACAAAUACUUUUGUUAUUAUAUUCAUUUAAUAGAUUUAUUUUUAUGUUAUUUAUGUAUCAUUAUUUUAUGUUUUAUCAUUUUGAAAAAGUAUUAUAAUUUCUUUGUCUCUAAUGAUAUAAAUAUAAAUAAGAUAAAUACAAUGAAAAAUAAUGAUAAAGAGAAUAAAAAAAAAAAAAAUUUAAAAAAAUUAUUUUAUAUUCUAUAUAUUUUUUUAAAAAAAAUUAAAAAACUAAAUUGGAAUGUCGAAAAUAUUUAUAAAAAAAAUAACACAAUGGCUAUUUUAUUUAACAAAUUUAUUAAAUGCUGCUAUAUAAAUAAAACAUACAAAAAAGAGGAAAUGAAGAAAAAUAAAAAAAAUGAAUGGAAUAAAAUCCACGUCAAUCAAGAAAAUAAUAAAAAUUAUAAAAAUUAUAAAAAUAAUAAUAUUUCAGAUCAAGAAGGUAAAACAUUAAAUAUAUUAGAACCAUUAGACAAUAUUUUGAAAAAUAAUAAUAUAAAUCCUCAAGUAAGUAUAAAAUCGUGUGAAUAUUUAAAAAAAAAAAAAAUAUUAUCUUCUGAUUUCCUUUUUGAAAAAUUUUGUAUUAUUAAUAUCUUUUUAUCGAUAUUUGAAUUAGUUAUCAACAAUUUUCACAUUUUUGCAUAUAAAUCAAAUAUAUUUUUACCAAAGUUAAAUAGACGUGAUACAGAUAAAAAAGAAAAGGAAUAUUCUGUUGAACCACACGAACAAUUUUAUUUAAAGGAAAUAUAUAAAAAGGAGUAUCAAAAUAAUUCUAAUAAUAUAAAUAGAAAUACAUACAUAUUUUAUUAUAAGACAUAUAUAUUAUUACUUUGUAUUGAUAAUUUAUCUAUUUAUAUUAGUAAGUUUAUUUUUUCCAAAUUAAAAAUAUUAUUGUAUAAUUCUGCAUAUAGUGUAAAAAAUACCUUAUUAACAUUUUUAUCCUUUCCUUUUUUCUUUAAUAAAAUAAAAAAAAGAAAAAAUAAUAUAAUAUGCGAGCAUUUUAUUGAUUCUCAUAUUUCAUAUUUUUAUAAUAAAUAUUUAUAUUUAAUUUGGAAACUCAAUAAUUGUACAUAUAGAUCGUUUUUAUUAUUUUUUAAUAAAAAUUUUUAUAAUUAUAAUGAUUAUAUGAAAGAUCAGGUUGAUAACAGUAAAACAUUAGAUAAUUGUAUAACUAACGUGAAUAAUUAUUUUAAUAAAGGGAGUGAAAUGGAAGAUAAAUCAAGUCAAUAUAAUGAGGAAAAUGGAAUAAAAGAAGAAAAAUAUAAAGAAGAGAGUAAAAAUGAAAAUAAGGUGAAUAUUAAUAACAAUAAUCAAAGCUAUUUAACUAACUCGCAAUUUAAUUAUAAAAAUGAAUACAAAAAAUAUUAUGAUUUAUAUAAUAAUGGAUAUAGAAUAUAUGAAAAUGAAUAUAUUCUUAUAUCUAAUGCAAAUAUCGAAAAAAAUAACAUAGCAUGUAAUCAUUCUAACUUUAUUUUUAAAAGUUCGAAAAGUCAUGAUAGGUUUUCUUCAUUUACUUCAAAAAUUAACUUUUUAAAAAAAUUUAAAAAAAAUAUUAAUGAAAAAAAUAAAAAUAAGUCUAUAAAAUAUUCAAGAAAUAAUAUAAAAAAUUUAAGAAAAAAAAAUUUGAAUUUACAUGAGAAUCCCAUUAAUAUAUAUGAUGAAAAAUAUUAUAACUCCUACUAUUCCUUAAGUUAUAAUAACCUUUUUAAAAAUAGAGAAAAUUUUGAAAAAAAUUUUAUAUUAGAUGAGAAAAAUAUUAUAAAUAAAUAUGAUUUAAAUGAUAAUAUAACAAAAAAUGAAAAUAUUUUAUCUAAUAACAUGAUUGACAAAAAGAAAAAUAACCAUGUUUUACUUGUUAAUAAUAUUGAAUACAUAAAUGAAAUUAAUAAUAAUAAUAAUAUAGGAAAUGUUAAUGAAAUUAAUAACAACAAUAAACAAACAUUAUAUAAAAUUGCUAGUAAUAAUAAAAAAAGUAAUAAAAAUUAUAAAAAAUUACCACAUGUUAUUCCAUUGUCAUUGUUAUUUUAUGAUUUUAAUGAACGACAUGAAAUUGAAAAAGAAAAAAUGGAUAAUUAUAAUAGUACUAUUUUAUAUAUACAUAGAAAAAAUAAAAUAAAAAAGAUAUGUAUUUUAGAUCAUUUAAAAAAAUUAAAUAAAAAAUGCAAAUUUAUAAACUAUAUAUCAUAUAACGACUUAAAAUAUGAAUAUAUAGAUAUAAGUAAUGAAAAAAAUUCUGAGAAAAAUGGAAAAAAUUAUUUAAAUAAAAAUCAAGUUAAUAAAAACGUUUCUAAUAAUGUGGAUGAUUUAUGUAAAAAUGAUGAUAACAACAUCCCUCCAUUACAAAAAAAAAACAAAUUAUACGAUGAAGAAGAAAAAAAAUAUAAAGUAAAUAAUAUAUCAACUAACUUAUCUUAUGAUGAUAAAUUGAAUAAAGUUAUGACAGAUAAUGAUUCAUCAUCAUUGUGUGCAGAAAAGGAAAAUGGAAUAAUAAGAAAAAAAGAAAACUCAAAAAAAAAUCAAAAAAUAUUUUUAGAUAUUAAUAUGAAUAAAUUAGUAUAUAUAUAUAAAUGUAUGCAUAUACAAUGUAUGCAUAAUUUAACUCCGUUAUGUUCAUUUUUAAGUAAUUUUAUACCUAAUGAUUUUAGUAUAACGAAUUUUUUUAAUAACAAUUAUAAUAAUUAUUUUGUUAAUAAUAUUUUUUUUCACAAUUUUUUCUACACGUAUGACAAUACAUUGACACUUUUAUUAAAUUCCAAUAAUAUGAAUUCUAUAUAUUAUGAUAAUAAUCUUAAGAAUAAUCAUUCAAAUUUAAAUUAUGAUGAACAAAAAAAAAAUAAAAUUACCACUGUUCACAAAAAUAAUAUAUAUAAUAAAUGCCCUGAAAAAGAGAAAAUAUCAAAUGAAUGUAAAGAUUUUUUUGAUUUUCGUUUAAAAAAUGUAAAAAAAUAUGAUAAUAGCAAUAAUUAUAAAAAAAUAAUAGAAGAUAGUAAAAAUAAAAACAAUAUAUUAUCAAAUGAUGAUAAACAGAAAAAAAAAGCAAAUAUGAAAUUUUGUGAUAAAUAUAAUAAUCCAAAUGAAGAAUUAAAAAAUACAUUAAUCAUAUCUAAAUCAGCAGAAAAAUAUAUUGAAAUGAUUUUAUUAUUAUUAUAUAACAACAUAAAUUUGAAUGACAAAGAUAAAAUAAAUGUAAAAGAUGAAAAAAGUGAAUUUAAGUAUCUUUUUGAUUAUUUAGACAAAAAUGUAAAUAAAUGUAUAAGAAAAAAGUAUAAUUUUAUUAAUAGAUUAACUGACAAGAAAAAUAAUUUUUCAUUUUUAAGAACAGCUGCUAUUAUAUCUCAUCCAUUUCUACCAUUUUAUGCACUUAUUCAUAUAAAUAAUGAAAAAAAUAUAAAUAACGAAGUAGAUAAAACAAAAUUUCAAAUAAGAUUAUGUAAAUUCACAAAUAACAAUGAUGAUAUUACAUAUAAAUAUGGUUCUAUUACUAGCGUUAUGUGGAAUAAUUUAGGAAAUUUAUUAAUGAUUUCAGAUAAUUAUGGAUAUUUAUAUAUAUAUAAUAUAUUUUUGGGUAAUUUUAUAAAUUAUAAAAUUAAAAAAAACGGUAAUCAUGUAAACUCAAACAUGAACUUUGUUUCUUCAAGUGAUUUUAAAAAUAAAGAAAUAACGAAAAAAAAUGUACACUAUGAUAAAAUAAAAUAUAGGAAAGAAAAAAAAGAUAAAGAAGAAAAUGAAAUUCAUGAUAAUGAAUAUAAUGAAGAAAGUGAAGAUGAAUAUGAAAAUGAAGAAUUUAGUGAAGAGAAAAAUGAAGAAAGUGAAGAAAGUUCACAAAAUGAUAAAGUUAAAACAAAAGAAAAAAAUAAAAAAGUUAAAAAUUUCUUUAAAGACAAUUUUUUAAAAAAUAAAAGAAAAUAUACCAAAGAAAAAGAAACAAAAAAGGAAAAAGAUAAAAAAAAAAGUUAUAUAAUAAAAGAAGCUCUAUGCGUUAUUAAAUUACAUGAUGAAAUUAUUGAUGUAAAAUGUUUAAAUGAUAAUAAUUUUUAUUUGGUAAGUAUAGGAAAGGGAAUUAAUAAAAAGUCAAUUAAUAAUCACACAACUUUUAUUAAUUCUGAAUAUUUGGAAAAUGAAGAAGAUUUCAGUAAGACAAAAUUAUCAACUAAAAAUUCGACACAUUCUAACGAAAAUCAAAAUAAUUCAACCCGAUUAGAAGAAAAGAAAUUAAAUCAUUUAGAGUUUAGUAAUAAUUUAUUACUCUCAAAUAAUACCGAACGAGAAUAUCAAGACCAAAAGAGAAAAAGCAAAAAUACAGAAAAAGAUUCUUUGGAAUUUCAAAAAAUCAAUGAUCAUAAUAGCAUAAAAAAAAAAACAUAUGAAAAAGAAAAAAAAAAAAAUUCAAAACACGAAGAAUCAGAUGAAGACAACUCAAAUGACAAUGAUAUAAAAAUGAAUUCUAAAAAUGUAGAUUUAUUUUUAAAUCUUCAUGUAUUUAAAACAAAACAGUCAUAUUUUAAGUCAAAAUUUUUUUAUUUUGAUCCUUCUAAUAUAAAUAUUAAUUUUUUUAGAAAAAACAAAAAACAACAAAACAUUAUUUCAGAUAAUAUUUGUUUAUGCAUAUGGGAUUUAUGUUCUAUUUUAACAAAUGAAGAAAAACAUUACUUAAAAAAUAAAAAUUAUAUAAUGAAUAAGGGAUAUAAAAAUGAUAAUAAUAAAAAAAUAAAAAAUUUAGUGUUACAUCCAACAUUAGUGUGCAUAAUUAACAAUUUACCAAAAAAUAAAAUGUAUUUAAAUAAAGAUAAAAAUUUUGAAAACAAUUUUAUCACAAGUUUUUGUACAUGGUCAUCAUCAAAUCAAUUAUACAAACAUAUUAGUCCUUUUGAAGAUGUUGAAAAAAAAAAAAUGAGAAAAAGUAUUAACAAAAUAUCAGAAGUAACCAAAAAAAAAAACAAUUUUUGGAAAUUUUUUAAAAAUAAAAUAUAUUCAAAUAACUUUUCUCAAGAUGCAUAUAUUUUUUAUGGGGAUCAAUUUGGUUAUAUUCAUAUUGUUCAUCUUCAAAUGUAUAGAGAAAUUUCAUGUUUUAAGGCUUUUGAUUUUCCAAUAUUUAAAAUUUUUAUAUCCAAAAAUUUAUAUAAUAAAUUACUUGUUUUAGCAGAAGGAAAAUUACGAGUAUAUCAAAUUAAGUCAGUACUUGAAAUAUUAUUUAUAAAAGAAAUAGAAAUACUACAUGACAUAACUCCAAAAAAAUGUAUCUGUGAAGAAAAAAUAAAUGAAUUGAAAGAAAAAAGAAGAAAGGAAGAAAAUGAAAAUGAAGGUAUUUCUAUUUUUAAUUUAUCAUACUUUUUAUCUUCGAAUUAUAAUAAAAAACAAAGUAAUGCAAAAAUCGAAGAAAAAAUAAAUCCUUCAAUAAAUGAUUCACAUAACAAAAGUAUAUUUGAAGAUGAUAAGAACACAAUUAAUACUCCACAUAAUAAUUUGAAUAUUAUAGAUUUUAAAACAAAUAGCACAUUAUCACUUAAAAAGGCCAAAAAAAAAGAAAAAGGGAAUAAUUUUUCAUCAAAAGAUGAUAUAUAUAAGAAAGAGGAUAAUAACUCUUCAUUUAAUUCUACAACUCAAUUAACUAUAAGCGAUAGUGAAGAAAUUGAUAAAAACAGUGAUAAAGAUAAUUAUCAAAGUGUAAUUAUUGGAGGCAUAAAUUUUGGUUAUCUAGGUUUUAAUUUUUCUAAAUUUAUGAAUAAUAAAAAAAAAACAACAAUAAUAGAUGCAUAUUUAUUAUCAAAUUCUCAUUUAGUAACAAUAUCUAAUAAUGGAACAAUAGCUUUAACAAAAGUCUGA